AAUUAAUAUCUAGUUUCAGAAGAUAUAUUAAUAUGUGCAUUAGAAAUUUUGAGAACCCUGAAGAAAACGGUGGAGGGGAUAGCAUGGUAACAUUGGCGGAGGAAACUCGGAGGGAAACUAGCCUGUGUUGAAGAAGCUUCAGCAUCAGUCGCUCUGCAAAGACACGAUUCAACAGUCGCUCUGUCAAAAGACAAGGUUCGAUAGUAACUUCCACAUACAGUAAACCAAAAUGUCCGAUGUCGAAGUGAACGCUGUACAAGCAAAUUAUUACACGCCUGUUCAACAUGUGGAUGAGGAUGAGGAUCACCCCAGGUGGAAACAAAACGACGAGUGUUUCGAGGAGCCACCAUGCAAAAUGGAACGUAAGAACAUUCCUGAACCAUGUCAUGCUACUCGCAUCCUGGGGCGCAGAUAUGUUUUGACUGCAACGUCUCAUAAGUAUUUGGAAAUUGGACUCAAUGUACAAUAUCGACCCUACCCCGUUGUGGAAAUAGUUCUCGGCGACAAUCGCGGUAAUGAACUAAUAUUACAUACAGACACUUGGGGAAAACUGAUGGAAAAUCGUGGUGCUGUACGGCGACUUCUGGAAGCGCGCAAUCCAUCGUACUUUCCGCUACGGAUUCGAAAUUUAGGAGUGAAAUUGUUCGAGCUAAAUGGUUCAAAAAUUGUAAAAUUAAUGCAAUCUUCUAAGAGUUUGUAUCUGAGUCCUGCUACAAUGAACAAGUUAUUUACUUAUGAAUAUUGCAUUGAUCAUAUAUAUACGCAGUUGUCUGAACAGUCGUAUCUGGUUAGAUCAAGAAUUCUAACUUUUGUAAAAGAUCUUCGAGAAAAAAAAUUACCGAAAUGUGCAAUGUGGUAA